GAAUCAAAUGAUCAACCAUUGGUCAUUUCACCUUUCUAUGUAGUAUAUAACCAUAUAUCUUAUCCAAUAUAUCUAAUCCUGAUACAAUACACUACAGAGUGCAAAAUAUUAUAUCAAUACCCAAAAAGUAAUAUUGAGUUAGGCCACUUAUUUGGUAUCUGUUAAAACUUCAGUGUAGAAAAAGUGUGAUGAGUUUAACAUUUUCUCUGGAAGCAAAGCCUUUCAUCAUAAAUAGUAAAAGGAAACCAUGUUGUAGAAGAUAUGAUGUUAUAAGAUCAGAAUUAACCAUGGCUCCAAAACAUAGAAAAAUGACUAUGUUUCCUCAGUUGUCAAAACAAGGAGUUUCUAUUGCUGAUUUACAUGUUCAAGAAGUUGUUGACAAACAGUCUCAGACAGUCAAUUUUGACACACUUUGUCCUAGUUUCAAGCCGCGGUUCGAGCCUAGUUUUCUCAAUGACGCCUAUGAAAUGUGUAGAAAUAUAUGCGCGGAGUAUGCCAAAACAUUCUAUCUAGGAACUUUGCUUAUGACUGAAGAAAGACAAAAGGCAAUAUGGGCUAUCUAUGUUUGGUGCAGGAGGACAGAUGAGCUUGUUGAUGGUCCUAAUGCUGACUAUAUGAGCUCUGCUGUUCUUGACAGAUGGGAAGAUAGAUUAGAUGACAUUUUCAAUGGACAUCCAUAUGAUAUGCUUGAUGCUACUCUUACUGAUACAAUCUCCAAAUUUCCCUUGGAUAUUAAGCCUUUUAGGGACAUGAUAGAAGGUAUGAGAAUGGAUACAAGGAAAUCGCGAUACAAAAAUUUCGAAGAACUAUAUCUAUAUUGCUAUUAUGUGGCUGGAACUGUUGGGUUGAUGAGUGUUCCAAUAAUGGGAAUAGCCCCUGAGUCUCUAAUCCCUGCUCAAAAUGUAUAUCAAUCAGCAUUAUAUCUUGGCAUUGGAAAUCAACUCACAAAUAUUCUUAGAGAUGUAGGGGAGGAUGCAUUAAGAGGUAGAGUGUACCUUCCAGAAGAUGAACUUGGUGAGUUUGGUUUAUGUGACAAAGAUGUUUUCUCAAGAAAGGUGAGUGAAAGAUGGAAAGAGUUUAUGAAACAGCAAAUUGCAAGGGCAAGAUUUUACUUCAAUUCAGCUGAAGAAGGAGCUUCACAUCUUGACAAGGCUAGCCGUUGGCCGGUUUGGUCAUCAUUAAUAUUGUACCGCAAGAUCUUGGAUGCAAUUGAAGAGAACGAAUAUGACAAUUUGACAAAACGUGCUUAUGUAGGAAGAACUAAGAAAUUUUUGUCAUUGCCUCUGGCUUAUAGUAGAUCUCUUUCAAUUCCCAAAACCAAAUUAAAUCCUUCCUUCACAAGGCUUAUCUAGCAACUUUGUAGCUAAAAGCUACAUUGUUUGUUUAUUAUGCAAAAUGCAUACCACAAAUUAAAAAGAAGAAUUAGGCCAUGUACAGUUCAGACACAGUUAAUUACUUGGCUAAUUCUAAAAAUGAAUAUCCAAUCGAACUAUUUUAAUUUCUUAUGAGAAGAAUUGAACAGUUUUAUUA